UCUUACAAGAAACUUCAACCGAAAAUCAACAGGUACUACGUAGAUUUAUCAACGACGUAACAUAAAUUAUCGAUUUUCCGCAGUCGGUGCAAUAGGACAUUAAACCCAUCGGUCUUUUAAUCAACACAGCAACUGAUAAUAUGUUUGGUCAACAUGGACUUUCAAAGAAACAUAAAGGUUUCUUUUGUUAGAUUUUAUGCACUUUCUAUCUACACGUGUGCAUCACGUUGUCCGAACCAGAUGACAACGCGUUUCUGUCACUAUAGUUCGAGAGUAGAUUAAAACCGGCAUUACAGACCUUAAUUUAUGUUGAAACAGCUGAAGAGAAAGUCUGUUGAUGGACUGACAGAAAAAUGAUUUAUAAGUAAUAAUUACUUAUAUAUUCAGGAAGAAAAUUAAAUAGUUAAAUUUUUAUUAUUUAUAAAUCGCAAUUAAGACUUAAGUUGUUGAAAAAUUGUAAAAUGAUUGAAAAAGGAAGGUUUUUGAAAAGUUUAUUUAAAAACAGGAAAAUAAUUUCCUUUCAAAAAUAUUUCUCAGAAACUGCUACAGCUGAUAAUAAUAAUGAGAAAACAACACAUUUUGGAUUUAAAACUGUUAAAGAAAGUGACAAAGUAAAAGAAGUCUAUACAGUAUUCGAGAAGGUGGCAAAUUCUUAUGAUCAAAUGAAUGAUGCCAUGAGUCUAGGAGUUCAUCGUAUUUGGAAAGACAUUUUCAUUCAAAGACUUGGGCCAACUCAUGGAAGUAAAUUAUUAGAUUCAGCUGGAGGCACAGGGGAUAUAGCAUUUAGAUAUUUACAGUAUUUGAAAAAUACACCUAACUAUCAAUGUUUAAAAAGCUCUUUAACUGUUUGUGACAUAAAUGAGAACAUGUUAGAAGUAGGAAAAAUUAGAGCAAAAAAACAAGGUUGGUUAAGUCAGAAUGACAUUGAUAUCGAUUGGAAGCAAUGUGAUGCAGAAAAGCUUUCGUUUGAUAAUGACUCAUAUACAGCUUAUACAAUAGCGUUUGGAUUAAGAAAUUGUACUCAUAUUGAUAAAGUACUUUCUGAGGCAUAUCGGGUACUUACACCAGGUGGUCGUUUCAUGUGUUUAGAGUUUAGUCACGUUGACAAUGACAUGUUAAGAUGGUUUUAUGACCAAUAUUCAUUUCAAGUAAUACCAGUAUUAGGUACUCUUAUAGCAGGUGAAUGGCAAGCUUACCAAUACCUUGUUGAAAGCAUAAGAAAGUUUCCAAAACAAGAAGAUCUAAAGGAAAUGAUAGAGGAAGCAGGAUUCAGAAAUGUUACUUAUGAAAAUUUAACUUUUGGAGUUGUAUCUAUUCAUUCAGGAUUUAAAUUGUAAUGUAUUCGAGUCUUGUUAUUUCGUAUUAAUUUUGUAAAUAUACUUAAUUUAGCUAAGCAACUAAAUAAACUGUUUAAUUAU